AUGGAGCAGCUGCUGCAGGAGAAGAAGAAGAUGCUCAUUCAACAACCUAAACUAGAAGUGGCUACCGACAACUAUUUUCAUAACCCAAAUCUUUACUGUAAAGAAUCCAUGAAAACCUCCUUGGACCGUAAAAGGCUGGAGAAGCUCUACAAUCGCUAUAAAGAUCCACAGGAUGAGAAAAAGAUUGGUAUUGACGGGAUCCAGCAGUUUUGUGACGACCUCUCACUGGAUCCAGCCUGCCACUCCGUGCUGGUUGUUGCAUGGAAGUUUCGUGCGGCCACUCAGUGCGAGUUCUCCAAGAAGGAGUUUGUGGAUGGAAUGAAGGAGCUGGGGUGUGACAGCCCAGAAAAACUGAAGGCCAUGUUGCCAAGAUUAGAGCAGGAGCUAAAACAUACUGGAAAGAAGAGUUUAGACUUGGAGAUGGCCAUAGCCUACUGGAACCUGGUUCUCUUAGGACGAUUUAAGUUCCUCGAUCUUUGGAAUAGAUUCAUUGUACAGAGGCCAUUGUUUCUCUCAGGGUCCCAGGAGAGUUGA